UACGUGGAGAUGACAUAGUUAUGGUUGACUGUGAGGAAGAUCGGUGGUUCUAGUUAGAAGGAGGACAAGUUGAGGUGACAGAGGUAAAGUUGGAGAUGACGGAAGACAGUGUUGAAUAUUACUUACAGGUUACUGUACAGUAAGUAACAAUCACUCAGGUAUGUAUGCUCCGUGUUCAGCCCAAUGCGGAGAAAUAAGCCGAUGCUGACAGCGGUAUUAAUUACCGCACGUGAACCCUUUCCAGCUGCAGUCUCAGCUGCAGCCUCAGGGUUCAGGCCGUCAAUUCAUCCAUGGUUUACCCGAAAGUCCUCACGGAUCUUUAAUCCAACUCCACAGGCUUGUUGUACUUACUCCGUUUAUGCCAAUUCUCUGAGUCCCGUAGCACAGACACCCGAGGAAACUGGAUUUCUCCUCCUUUUAAUUUAUUUCCUUGUUAUUUUUAGUGUCCAGGACCGAGGAAAAUCCACUCCUCGGAUGACUUAAGGGGCUUUCAAUGGUCUGGACGAAGAUCAUUAUAAUUGUUAUGGAGUCACGGAGCUAACGUUGACUACUAAUCAUAGUACC